AUGAUAUUGGCUAAUGAAAAAAUCGAAUUGGAUAAUAAACUGGCAGAAUGGUUGCCAGGAACAGGAACAUGGAAAAUAUGUUGGCGAGGAACCGAACAUGGUUGGGCAGCUCCGACAUUUCACGAGAAAUGCAACGAGAAAAAAACAAGUUUAGUGAUCGUUAAAGUUGUGAAGGGUGGUAAAAGUUUGAUCUUUGGUGGCUAUUGUACCGGAACAUGGACUGGAAGUAAGUUUGAAUGUAUUAUUGUCAUAUAUAUUAUUAUUAUUAUUAUUAUUAUCACAUUAACAAUAUAUACGUUACUCUUAUUCUUAUUGAGAAAGCCAUUGCAAUGUGUCUUUUAGUUUUUAAUUGUUUGGAACUCAACACAACCUGUUGAUCAGCUUUUAAUGGUUUGUAGCAUAUUUUCGCGUUUUUAGGGAGCGUGCAUUCUUUAACACUAUGGCAGGCAGCGUGGGGGGUGUCACCAAAAAUGUCCUGAGCUUUGAUUUGUAGUAUACAUCAAUGCAACUUUAAAUUCAAAAAGACAUUUUCGCCACCAAACGUCAUUGGGUAUAAUGUGUAAUGUAAUAAGUACGCCAAAUGCUGUAACUGUGUGUGUAAAAUGACUUUUGAGAAAGGAUUGGCUUGCUGGUCUAAAUUACAGAAUUAUUUAACAACUCAAUACUUCUUAAAGUGCAUAUGACAUGAAAUUUCUUAUUUUCUUAACCGAAAGAACUCUUUAAGCUGGAGUGUAACUUAUUUUUCAGUUUCUUGUUUUUAUGGUUUGUUCCCGAGAUAUUUCAAUUUGCUUGAUAUGUAAAUGAGUGAGAAUAUGUCCGCUAAUUUAUGACGUCACGUUGGUUGCAAGCUCAACUUACACUGGUUAUAAAUCUAUUAACUCUAAAAACUGUAGAUAUCUGUUCACGUUUUUCUACAGUGUUUCAUCACAUUUGCCAGUGAGUGAAGUUUGAAAUUAUCAUCUUGGAUGAUAGCAGUGAUAUUCAACCAUUUUGAAGAGCUUGCAACCAACAUGACGUCAUAAAUUGGCGGACAUAUUCACACUCAUUUACAUAUUAAACAAAUUAAAAUAUCUCGGGAACAAACCAUAAAAACAAGAAACUGAAAAAUAAGUUACACUACAGCUUAAACAGUUCUUUCAUUUAAGAAAAUAAGAAAUCUCAUUUCAUAUGCACUUUAAAUGAUAACUCUUCUCAAUCUGUCUUAAAAAAUAUAUUGACAUCACCAUUUACAACUGAGUAAUUAAUUCAGGUAUAUUGAAAGACUCAGAAACUAUAAUACUGUGAAAUUAAAGGUUAGGUUUAGUUUCAGAAGGGUGGAGGUCAAAACAAUUUUCUCUAGGUUGAGCAAGUUAUAUAAGGGGGGGGGGGGCAUAAAAUAUUAUCAGGACUACAAAGGGGAGGCAUUAACAAUCUUAAACAAAAAAAUAAAAAUCACCAUAACCCCCCCCCCUCUCUAGUGUAAUUAUGAACGCUGCCUUAGUCCUAAAUGAACCAUGGACUUCGCUAUCAGGGGGGGGGGAGUGUAUGUAGUGUGAGGGGAGGGGUUAAUAUGAGGGGUCAUUACCAGCAAAAUGCUUCUCUAAAUUCUAUUCCAGCCAACUUAAAUUCUGUUCUUCAAAAUGACAUAACCAAAUCAAUAGCAUAACCAAAUGCAAAUUAGACGUGCAUAACAAUAUUUACGAGAGCAGGACAAAAUUUGGGCCUACACAAUAGUAUUUGCAGCAGAACAACAACAUUUAAAACAACAAAACAGAAUUUAAAAUAACAAAACAGAAAUGAGUAUCAAAUCCUAAAUUCUAUUCUGUUGUUUCAAAUUCUGUUCUGCUGUUUCAAAUUCUGUUCUCCUGUUUCAAAUUCUGUUUUGCUGUUUCAAAUUCUGUUCUGCUGUUUCAAAUCCUGCUCCGUUUCAAAAUCUGUAAAUAAAAAACAAAAAAUCAGCUUAUUCUGAUAAGAUAAAAAAUGAAAUGCUUAAAUCCAGCGCGAAAAUACUGCUGAAAGGAUACCAAAAACUCUUUAACCUACUUAUAGAAAGUGGUAAAUUUCCCGACAAAUGGGGUGAACGAUUGAUCACACCAAUUUUUAAGUCUGGUGACAAAACUAACCCCAAUAACUAAAGAGGGAUUUGUGUGACAAGCUGUCUGAGCAAGUUCCUCUGUAUUGUUCUAAAUGAACGAUUAAGUAAAUUUAGGCCGGAACAAAAUUUAAUACAUCCAUCGCAAAUUGGGUUUCAAUCAGGUCAUAGAUUAUAUUAAUUAAAUUAUAUUAUUGAUUAUAUCAAUAACUCUUUGAGGAGUAAAAACAACUCUACUUAUGGAGUAAAAUUUACUCCAAAAAUGGAGUAAACAAAGGAGUAAAACUUACUCCAAAAAAGGAGUCGUUCUGUACCUUUUUUAUUUACUCCACUUUUGGAGUCGAUUUGACUCCUCGAAAUUAACAGUGUAAGCGUAACUAUUAUGAAGCUAAACUUGAAUCUGUCAAAGCGGACAUUAAAAGUACGUGGAAAAUUCUGAAUGAAGUUAUCAAUAAUUAUCACACCAAGGGCAGACGUGUUUUGUUCAGCUCCGUUAUUUAUCACAUUUCUAUCAUAUAUGUGAUAACUUCUUGUGGUCAAGAAGGCUAAUUGUUAAUAAUUUAUAGUGAGUAACAAGUAAAUUGAUAUACCAGAAACUAGACAAGCAGCAGCUUCUCAGUCAGCCGAGCUUCGAACCGACAUGAGGGAAACAAUGCGAAGUGAACUAAACUAAACUACUCUGGUUGAAGAAUCUGUCCAACAAGCCACGAAACCUCUUUUGGAAAAGAUAGAAGCAUUGGAAGCAGAACUAACAAAUGUCCGUGUUCAAGCAAACAAAAACGAGCAAUAUUCCCGAAAGUAUAGUUUAAGAAUCGUUGGUCUGAACGAAAACGAUGGCGAGAAUUGCGUUGGAGAAGUAAUUAAGCUCUGUAAGGAAAAGUUGAACGUUAAUGUGGACGAGAGGGAUAUCGAUCGUGCACAUCGUCUUGGUCCGAAAGCGCUUAGCGGGAGAUAA